CACUUCUUCGUCACCUUUCCAUCAAACACCUGUAAAUCAAAUCAGAAACAAUGGCUGAACCCACCGAAACCGUCAACACCGGCGAAGAGCAUGACCCCCAAUUCGAGCCGGUAAUCCGUCUCACUGAGCAGGUCGAGGCUAAGACCUUUGAGGAGGAUGAAGAGCCUCUCUUCAAAAUGCGAGCGAAGCUUUUCCGAUUCCACAAGGACACUACUGAGUGGAAGGAGCGUGGUACCGGUGACGUCCGAUUGCUCAAGCACAAGCAGAGUGGCAAAGUCCGACUUGUUAUGCGUCGGGAUAAGACUCUGAAGGUCUGCGCCAACCAUAUCCUCUCUCCUGACAUGAAGCUUUCUCCCAACGUCGGUUCUGACCGAUCUUGGGUCUACAACGUUGCCGCCGACUACGCUGAGGGUGAGGCUUCCGCCGAGACCCUUGCCAUCAGGUUCGGUAACUCUGAGAAUGCCAACCUCUUCAAGCAGGCAUUCGAGGAUGCCCAGGCCCACAAUGCUAGCUUGAGCGGUGCCGCUCCCAAGGAGGAGGAUGAGUCCGCCGCCGUUGCCAAGCCUGAAGCUGCCGCCGAGUCCGCUGCCCCCGAGGCCGAGGCUAAGAAGGAAGAGGCUUCCACCCUUGAAGAGUCCAAGCCCGAAGAGCCCGCCACCGGUGCCGAAGCCGAGACUAAGGUUGCCGACGCCCCCGCCGCUACCGAGAUCAAGGAGGAAGGAAUCCGUGAGGCUGAUGAGGCUGCCGCUGAGAAGAAGGAUGAGUAAACGUACAUAGUGACGAAAACAAUGAGGAGCGGGGAAUGAGAAGGAAAGAAAAAGGGACUUGAACUUUUUUUACUUUUAUCCUUUUUCGUGUAGGAUGGUGGAUAGGGAUGAGAUGAGAUGCGCAUAUGACUUGAUGUCCUUU